AUGGAGGCUAUAGUAAUAAUUGUCCUAAGCUUAUUUGUUGUCUUCUUUGCUUUGGGAGUUCUUACGGCCAUUUUCAAAAGAUGUACAACUGAAGUCGGUAUAGGAAGAGGAGGAGGAGGAGGAGGUGGUGGUAGGGGUGGUGGUGGUGACUGUGGAGGCGGUGGCUGUGGAGGCGGUGGCUGUGGUGGAGGUGGUGGCUGUGGUGGAGGUGGUGGCUGUGGUGGAGGUGGUGGCUGUGGAGGCGGUGGCUGAUUAAAACACAUGCAAGCGUUUGUCCUUUGUUUGUUUUGAUGUUAUUUGUUUGCUUCUUACGAAUCCUACCGAAUAAGUGUUACAGGACGUAAUUUCUUUUAUUUCGUUCAAACAUAGGGUUUCAAGGCUUUGUAUGUUUCACGGGUGUUUGUUGUAAAACUAAUGUUGUUUUGUGGUUGCUAAUAUCUAAAUAAUAAAAAUGAC